AUGUCUUUAGGUAUUAACAGACAUGACAUAGGGCGGAAGACACAUCGAGGUAUGAAGGGGGGCCGUGAUCCUUUUAAUAACAACCUCAAACUUGGUAUGUUGAAUUGCCGUUCUGUUCGUAAUAAAUCUACCUUAUUAGAGGAAUUUAUUAUUGACCGUAGUUUAGAUUUUACAUGUGUUUGCGAAACUUGGCUAACUGCAUCAGACGAUGCAGUGAUUGCUGAUCUUUGCCCUCGUGGUUAUCUGUUCAAGCACCAUCCCAGAGCUGCUAAACGUGGCGGCGGGGUCGGCUUUCUCUACAGGGACAGUCUCCACGUCGAUAUUAGUCCAACAGGCAAAUUCGAAACAUUUGAAUCAAUGUCUGGAACUGUAUCUGGCGGCUCUACACAGGUUGACAUUAUAGUCAUAUACAGACCACCAGGAUACCAGUCUUUCACUCAGUUUCUUAUCGACUUCUCUGCGCUUCUUGAUGAGAGGUUGUGCAAACCAUACCCACUUUUGAUCACCGGAGAUUUAAACAUCCAUCUAGAUAACACUUCAUCCCAGCAUACACUCAGGUUUGUGGACCUUAUUAACAGUCAUGGCCUAUCCCAAUUGGUUACAUCUCCGACUCACGACAAAGGUCACAUUCUGGACGUCGUUCUGGUGCGCAAUUCAGACAAUUUGUCAAUUUCGAAGCCAAGUAUCGUUCCAGGUAUAUCAGAUCAUGCUGCUAUCACUUGUGUACUUCGCUUCACUAAGCCUGCACGCAGCGACAGAACAUUUGCUUCCCGUAAUAUUAAAGACAUAAACAGGAUAGCCUUCGCGAAGGAUGUUGCUGAGAGCGACAUUAUGCCCUUAACGUCAGAGAGUGUCAACACAGCUACUAGUCGCUACAACACCAUUCUUUCUUCGCUCCUCGAUAUUCACGCUCCUGCCAAGAUCCGCAAGGUUCGAGACCGUCAGGACAAUCCCUGGUACAACGGCGAGAUUACUGCUGAGAAACGUAAACGUAGGCAGCUUGAGCGGAGAUGGCGAUCUAACGGCAAGCUUCACAUUGACAAAGAGAUGUUCCGUGCGCAACGAGAUUUCACGAACUCUCUCGUCGAACGAGCCAAACGUUCGUACUUUGUCGGGCUAAUCGAUAAAUGUGGACAUGACUCUAAGAAACUCUUCUCUACGGCCAAUCGUCUCUUGAAUCGGAAACAGAACUCUCCACUUCCAAGACAUUCUGAUAGUAAAGAACUGGCUCAAAGAUUUAUUCAGUUCUUCCGCUCCAAGGUUCAGAAGAUCCAGGACAGUCUCACUCCUGACUUAACUCCACCUGAUCCUGUCACGUCAGCAUCCCUCGAGACGAUUCAACCUACCACCUCCGAUGAGAUACAAUUACUGCUUCAUAGAUUGCCAGCUAAGUCGAGUGCUGAAUACUCUAGCUUUGCCGUACAGUUUACAGUACACGGCAAUAUGGACGGUGACGUCAUCCAAGAUUGCAGCCAAGCUGGUUCGACCAGCAUCAACGUUGCACAAUCUGCAACUGUUAUUAUUCCGGACCAAAAGGGAUUAGAAGAGAAGAAGGGGCCCAAGGAGAAGAACAGACGAGAAGGAGUUGCACCUCAUCAAGAUUUAGCUUCACAAAUUGAUGAAGACACUGUGGUGACUGGUGGAUUACUUGAAGUUGAGGUAUCAGCAUCAUUAUCAAUGUAA